AUGAUCAAGGGUGAUAACCCGAUAGCACAGACCAUCAAUACUCCACAGUGUCGCAGAAAAAACGGGAACAUGCAAUACGAGGCAGAAUAUACCGAGGACAACUCAGGGUAUGAUUCUAUUGCUGCCUCACAGAAUGCGCAAAACGUUGACUACAGUGCACCGAAUACAGCGACGCGUGGCCAGGUCUCCAUCAUUGUGCUCGCAGCGAGUACUUACAGUGCACCGAAUACAGCGACGCGUGGCCAGGUCUCCAUCAUUGUGCUCGCAGCGAGUACUUACAGUGCACCGAAUACAGCGACGCGUGGCCAGGUCUCCAUCAUUGUGCUCGCAGCGAGUACUUUCGUGAUGGCGGUAAUAAUCUAG